CGGCGAGCCUGGCCCCGAGGAAGGGAUGCGGCGGCGGCAGCACCGGGACACCCCGGGACCCCCCCCCGCCGCCCCCGGGCGCGGAUUGGCGGCGGCGGGGGCGCAGGGCGGAGCCGGCCCGGUGGAGCCAUGACAUCACCGCCGCCGCCGCCGGGCCGGUCCCGGUCCCGGUCCCCGCCAUGCCGCCGCCGACCCGCCGUAGUUCCCGGUGACACUGCAGAGGGGGCUGGGGACAUCCUGAGCGAGCCAGCGAUGUCGGAGAGCGUGGCCGAGGCACCGGGAGACGGGAGCCCCGCGGCACUCGGGGAGACGGGCACCAGCCAUGAGCUGCUGCAGCGGCUGCGGGAGCUGGAGGCAGAAAACUCGGCCCUGGCCCAGGCCAACGAGAACCAGCGGGAGACAUACGAACGCUGCCUGGACGAGGUCGCCAACCACGUGGUGCAGGCGCUGCUCAACCAGAAGGACCUGCGCGAGGAGUGUAUCAAGCUGAAGAAACGGGUUUUCGACCUGGAGCGUCAGAACCAGGCGCUGAGUGACCUCUUCCAGCAGAAGCUGCAGCUCUCGACCGGGUCCCUGCCCCAGCUGUCACUGCACCCGGUGCCGGUGCCCCCGGACGCCCCGGUGAGCCCCCAGCCAGGCUCUGCCGAGCAGCCACCCCCCCCGCCACCCCCCAGCCGCUGCCUCCCCCUGCCAGAGGUGACCCCAUCGGUGCCAUCGGGCAGCCCUGGGCUCAGCCCCGGUGCCCCCCCCCUGGACGCCCUCUCCCCCUUCUUCAAGAAGAAAGCCCAGAUCCUGGAGGUGCUGCGCAAGCUGGAGGAGACGGACCCGCUGCUGGGGCCCCCACCGGCCUCCCCCGGAUCCCCCGAGCCCUGUGGGGCCCUGGGCUGGCCUCCCUGCCCGUUGCGGGGGCCGGGGGCUGCGGGGGGGUGGCGGGGGGCCGAGGGCAGCCCCUGCUCCUCACCGGAGGAGGCUGCACCCCCGCGGGGGGCCCUGCUCAGCGCCUUGGCCGAGCGGCUGCUGCGGGGUGAGGGGGGGUGCUGCCGGCGCAACGGUGAAGCCCCCGGGGGACCCCCCCGGCAGCGGCGCAGCGAGCACCCCGCUUUUUUAGGGCUCUAUGCCCCGGGUGAGGAGAGCCUGAGGGGGGCUUUGCCCCGCUUUCACCCGGGGGGGGCCCUAACCCCCUGCCGUCCCCCCCCAAGGUGCUCAAGCUGCCGGCCCCCCCCGGGGCACUGCGCCUCAGCCCCCAGCUCGCCCGUGCCUCCAAGAUCCCCUGCCGCGGCGGGCAACCCCGAGGCCUCGCCAGCGUUCAGCCGCCGUGCCUCCCCCGACGCCCCCCCGGAGCCUGGCUCCCCCGAGCCCCCCGCAUUCCCCCCACCCCGCACCUACGAGGCGGCCGAGCAGCCCCCCGGGCCGCCGGGACCCCCCAACAGUGGGGAGCGGGCGGCCGCCUCCCCCCCCAGCACCCGACGUGGCACGGGGGGCUCGGCCCCCUCCCGCCGCCCUGGCAAGAAGCCCCCUGAGCCGGGCUACUUGCCCUUCAAGGAGCGACUGGCCGCCCUGGGCAAGCUGCGGGGGGCCGAGGGCCGCGAGCCCCCUGGCCCGGGGCGGCCCGAGACGCGACCCCCUCCCCGGGGGGGGUUGGGGGGCAGCUUGAAGCACCCUGAGCCGGCGCACGGCGGGGAGCCCCUUGCCCGGUGCUACUCCUCUGGCUCCAUGGGCGAGCCCGGCAAGGCGGGGGGCAAGGGGCGCCCCAUCGGCGGCAGGACCCCACUGCGGGCCCCCCCGGCACCCCCCGCCAAGGCCGCCCGUAGCCCCCACGGCAGCCCCACCAAACUGCCCACCAAGGCGGGCGCCGGCAAAGCCGGGACGCCGCGAAGUGAGGAGCCGGCGGCGCCCAAGGUGCCGGGGGUCCCCCACAAAACGCCACCGGCCCCCGAGCCCCCCGGCACGGGGCCGCCACCAGGCGCUGCCGGGCACUCAGCCAUCGAGGAGAAGGUGAUGAAGGGCAUCGAGGAGAACGUGCUGCGGCUGCAGGGGCAGGAGCGGGCACCGGCGGGAGAAGCCAAGGCCAAGGCUACCGGCGGUUUGGCCAGCUGGUUCGGGCUGCGGCGCAGCAAGUUGCCGGCGCUGAGCCGGCGCGGUGAGGGCGGCCGCGGGCGGGAGUGGGCCGGGACGCCGGCUCCCCUCCGCCGGGAGGUCAAGCUGGCUGCCCGUAAGCUGGAAGCCGAAAGCCUCAACAUCUCGAAGCUGAUGGAGAAGGCGGAGGAUCUGCGCAAGGCGCUGCGGGAGGAGCACGCCUUUCUGCAAGGGCUGGCGCUGGAAAAGGGGCGCCCGCGGGGACCCCCCCGCGGCCCCGGCCACCUCCCGGUGAUGUACCAGGAGGUGACGGCCGAGACCUUCAUGCAGCAGCUGCUUGACAGGGUGGACGGGAAGGACGUGCCCUACGAGAGCCGCCUGGAGCACAAGCGGGACCUGGGUGACCUCCGGCGGGUCCCUCCCGACGCCAAAGACCCCCGGCUCUGCCGCCCGCCCCGCAACGGCAUCGUGGGGCACCUGCGGGACCCCCCUGACAAGGUGCCUGACGUGGGGCUCCGGGAUGAGCUGCCGUCGGAUGAGAGUUUGUCCGAGUCGGGGACGUCACAGCACUUCGCCGCCUGCGGGUCGCUGACGCGGACGCUGGACAGUGGGAUCGGGACCUUCCCACCCCCCGACUACGGGGGGGUCCCUGCCAAGAGCACCCCCAAACCCCGGGGCCGCCCUGAGCCGCCGCCCGGCGCCGCAUCGGCGCGGCCGCCCGGUAUCACCAAAGUGCCGCGCAAGGCCCGGACGUUGGAGCGGGAGGUGCCCAGCGCGGAGGAGCUGCUGGUGGCCGGCAAACACCGGAGCAGCCCGGCGUGCCGCCCCCCGGCCCCCCCCGGUCCCCAAGCCACCAGUGAUGAUGCUGGGAAGCCGCGGCGCGUCCAGCAGAGCAAGAACUGGACCUUCCCCAACGCCAAAGCCUGUGGCACCGCCGACCCCUUCCUCUGCCCCCCCGGGGGGCUGGAGGGGCUGCACCGCCCCGCACUGGCACCCGUGUGCAGCCCGGGGGGGAUUCGGGGGGCGUCCCCGGAGGCCCCCCCACCGCUGCCCCCCGCCCUGAGCACCAGCAGCAGCCGUACACCCAGCGCCUCAGACGUGGGGGAUGAAGGCAGCACGGACGCCCGGUCCCGGGACGGGGGGCACGGCCCCCCAGGACUGGAGCACUCCGAAUCGCUCAGCGACUCGCUCUACGACAGCCUCUCCUCCUGCGGCAGCCAGGGCUGAGCCCCCCCCCCCCCCACCGCCCCCCAAACCCUCACCCCUCCGGGGCCGCACUCGCACGUCUUCCGCGCCCCCACCCCGCUGCCCCCCCCUCGCUCCCAGUCUGGGGGUGCUUGCCCAAGGUGUGUGUGGGGGGGUCCUGGUGCCCCGUCCCUCCCCCCCCCGUCUCUCUCCAAUGGUGCUAUCGCAGUGUACAGCCCCCACCGCCGGGUUUUUAAACUCAAUAAAGCCGCCCUCCCCCGGUUUAUUUAUA